CACAAUUGACACCUUCUCCUGUCCAUUUCUUCCUUCUGUAGAACACCAUCAAUGAACAAGCAGUGAUUUAUCUGCAUGUACCACAAUCAAACAUGGGUGCAACAGAUCCUCUAUAUAGCAGCCGUAAAUCAGCUCUAUUCGUGCGACCGCAUACGCGGCCCUCUAACAUUCAACGCAGUCCACUUUGUGACUCGCCGAGAACAUGGUUCUCGAUAAAAUACCUUGUGCACGCGUCCUGUUUAGAACCUCCUCUAGCAUCGUACGCCCCGAUCCCGGAUACGUGGAUGACGAUCAUCGAAGCCUCCACUUUUCGAGAACUCCUUAUAACCUCUGCAGAGCGCUUGGAUCAACUCAGAGAUACUGUAACACACACUCGCCGCGAAGCUAUCCGUCAGAUCGACUCUACAGUCCUGCUACCUGGAUAUCGUGCUGACGAGUAUAGACCGGUCGAGAGCGCGGAAGAUAGACAGCGGGACGACGCCGUGCUCACAGAAUUAUUGCGGAGCCUGACACAAGCGCUACGUUGCUGGCACGUCGAUUCGGCUGGUGAUGGCAAAUGCGGUUCUCGAGCAGGUGGCAUCAGAUCUGUCGUACGAGCUUACUCGAAUAGCGAUAUUGGCAACAUGGAGGAUCCGUUCGAGAACCAAAAACAAAUUGAGUCUGGAGGGGGUGACGACAUCGGCGCUUCGAUGUUCCAAUCGAGCCAUCUGCACCUCGAUGGAGAGUUGCCAGAAGUGGCUGUUGUUUCUAGGCUUGAGGUGCAUGGGCGCAAUUACCUAAUCAAUGGUGACCUGAGGUGCGAUCCAGGACCCAUCUUCGGAGAGGCGGCGGCGCGCUUGAUCAGAUGCCUACCACGAUCGCGGCGGGCAUUCCUCCAGUUGAGUGACGAGGAAAGCAGGGACAUGGCACUGCGCGAGACGUAAAGAGAGAACUUCGCCCGAGCUCUGACCGAUACAUCGUCGUCGUCGCUCCAACAUCUCAAAUUGAGCUAUUCUGGCUUAAUGCCUGAUAACCAAGACAACCAGCCGCCUCGAGUCCCAUCAAUCGGAGGUCGCGAUCUGCUUAGCGCAAAGAUGCGCGCCCUCCCACAGCGACCGUUGACCUUGGACUUGAUCGGCAUUUUCAGUGAUGACCUGUUCAGCCAUGAGUUCAGCUGGCCACGGCUACAACGCCUUUAAAUCUGGGCUUUCCUGUGCACCCCGCCCGGUGACUGGGUGAUCGAAAAGGACCCGGAAGAUUCCGAAAGUGAAGUCUUUGCUGAACCAUACGAGUACCUAUCGGAUUAUAUGUACGACCCAGAAUUGCCCGCA